GUCCAGAUCGUGGUGCAAGUCGAACGUGCGUACGUGGGAGCGUUCCGACGUUGUGACCGCGGUUCAAGUGCGUCUCGUAUCUCGUGUCUUAGUAUCGGAGUGUGAGCGCACGUUGCCGCUAUCCGCGUUCCUUUGUCAACAUCGUGACGGUGUCUAUUGUAUGCGAAGAAGGAAAAUGGUUCCCUCGCCUACUGCGUGAAUCGUGCAUCGUGUAAACAAAGUUACAGCAUAAAAUAGGAACAUUAACGUUGGGCGCCUUGGUCCCGCUGCUGGAGGCCUAAGCCCGGAGCUAUAUUUAUGCUGCCAAAUUUCCCCGUCAAACUGUGCUCACGACCGACGACCGUCUAGUGGAAGCAGAAUAAAAGUAAAACCUCGCCACCAUGUACGGGAUGCUGUUGGAGAGUGUACAACACUUUGUACAGCUGGAAUAUGGAGAGUUCGUGUGGCGCCAGGCACUGCUCACCACCGGUUGCAAGAACACCGUGUUUAACACCCACCAGCUCUAUCCAGACAGCUUGAUUCCCGAUUUGGCAGCGGCCCUUUCGUCCAUCACCGGUAAACCUUGCGAUGAGUUUAUGAUCUUCUUUGGUCGCUGCUUCGUCCGGUUCUUCAGCAACUUUGGCUACGACGAGCUGAUAAAAGCGACGGGGCGAUACUUUUGCGAUUUUCUCCAUUCCGUCGACAACAUCCAUCUGCAGAUGCGCUUCACGUACCGCAAGAUGAAGAGCCCCUCGAUGCAGCUGACGGAGGUGGAUGAAAACGGGGCCGUCUUGGUGUACCGGAGCACUCGCAGUGGUUUCUCCAAGUAUCUGCGCGGUCAGUUGCUCGAGAUCGCCAAGCAGCUGUAUGGAAUGGACGUCAGCAUAAAGGUGCUAGAAAGCCAGAACGAUAGUGCGGUCGGUACGGCGGGUCAGGUGGCGGGUCAGGUGGCGGGCCAGGGAGGCCUCAAGACGGUGAUAGUGAAGUAUCGUUUGGACUUUGAUAAUCGGGAUUACAUGCAGCGACGCGUCCACAUCAAGGCCCAUCCCUCACAGCUUCAGUUGGCUCCGGUGAACAGUAUGAUUCUGCUGAACUUAUUCCCGUUUGCUCUUAUCCUGAACGAUGAAAUGAAGAUAACGGCCGUCGGUGAGAAGCUCAUUGAAUCGUGGAUGCUCAACAACGGUAACCGAUCGCCGACGGAGUUGAUCGGUGCGAAAGUUACUGACCACUUCAAGCUGCGGCGUCCAAGUGGGAUAACGUUUACCUGGGAGAAUAUUAAACGACUACAGACGGUCCUAUUCGAGAUCCAGUUGCUAAAAGGCUCUUCCGCCAAGGGAACGAAAGCAAUUAGUGAGGCAGCCCCGUCGGAAUCUACUCAGGCGCACGAACAAACACCGGCCGAAGAUGCCGCAAAGCUCAUGACGACUAUUCCACGGCGAGGCUCUCAAGGUAUUCGCAGUAUUUUGUUGAAGGGUGAGAUGCGCUACAUUAAGGAUAUCAAUUCGUUGGUGUUUCUGUGCAGUCCACUCAUCCAAAACUUGGAGGAACUGCGUGAAAUGGGACUGUACCUGAAUGAUCUCAAUCCGCACGGGCUGAGUCGAGAGAUGGUGUUUUCCGGGUUUUCCCACUAUUCUCGCUUAGAUUUGAUGUGUGAACGAGAGGAACAGCGGGCCGAAGAGCUGGAAACAUCGUUAGCACUGGCGGAUUCGUGGAAGCGCCAGGGAGACGAGCUGCUGUACUCGAUGAUACCGCGUUCGAUCGCGGAACGGUUACGGGAAGGCCAAAACCCACACGACACCUGCCAAAGCUUCGAGGAGGUAACGGUACUGUUUGCGGAGAUACAGGAGACGAUCACCGGAGAUGACUCGAUCAAGUACGCCAUGACGACGGUUAACACGUUGAAUGCGGCCUUUACGGCGUUCGACGAGCUGAUCCAGUCGCCGAUGGCCUACAAAGUCGAGACGGUCGGUAAGGUGUACAUGGCAGUCAGUGGGGCACCGGACAUCAAUCCGUUUCACGUCCAACAUAUGGCCGAUCUGGCACUGGAGAUGCUCGCCAGUAUCCGGGAACUGAAACUGCCCGGGGUUGGAGUUAAGAUUGGGUUUCAUUCUGGAUCCAUUGUGGCCGGCAUUGUGGGACUAAAGGUACCACGGUACUGUCUGUUCGGGGAUACCGUCAAUACGGCUUCGCGAAUGGAGAGCAGCAGCGAAACGGACCGUAUCCAGGUGUCGGGAUAUGCGGCACAGAAGCUAAAGAAGCUGGGCUACGUCCUGUCGUACCGUGGCAAGGUUGCUGUGAAGGGCAAAGGAGACAUGGAAACCUUCUGGUUGGUAGGCAAGCCGCAGAAGAUCAUAUAAUGCUGGUAGGAUGUAGCUCGCCCCGAUGGACCACACCGUGCCUUCUUCUACUGUACAGUUGUGUUGAGCGAAGAGAGAUCAUUGUGAAUGAUUUCCUUUAUUUCUAUAAUCAGCAAGCGUCUAGACAGUGAAUGCAUUCUAUUUAUAUAAAGGCAUCGAAUGGUAUCUUCUACCGAUCUCAAGCUGCGAUGUGUGUUAAACACGUUUUAAUGUUUUAAGUGAUUCUGCACAAUGACUGUAAUAAAUAUUUAGCUGAACAGUU